AGCUGCAGAAGCCCGGGAGAGAGGAGGCUGCACCCCGGUCACCCUGCUGCACACUGCACGGACAUCUCCCCCAUACACUGCCACCAGGGACCAUGCACUGGCUGUGAGGACUCAGCAGGACACAGGACUCAGCUGUACACCUGGCACUCAGGAGAGGAGGGCAUCGGGCACACAGGCAGCCAGGGCAGAGGGAGGACUCCAGUCCCAGGCACUGAGAGGGAAGAGGCUGCUGACACCAGAGAGAGAGGAGCAGCAUCUGGAAGUUGCUUCACAAGGAGACCCCACAUAGGAGGCAGAAAGACCUGAAGCUGUAUAUACACCUGUAUACAACAGAACCAAGCUGCAGACACUAAGUAUCAAUUAGUGCCAGCAGUGUGCCCCUGCCUGAUCUAAUGACCGCAGGCUCCUCUCAUCCCCCCUCUUCUAGUCUAUAAAGAUCCCUGGACUCUCAUAUCCAUCUGCUCACACUACAUCCCUGGGACUCAGUCAGUGGACGCUAUGCCAAGCUAAGGGUCUCUCUGCCAACAAAGCCCAGCACUAUCUGUGCCCACUCCAGGGUAUAUCCCCACUCUUCUCUAGCCUCCUAGUACCAUCCAGUAGCUUAUAUGAGUGCAGCCUUCCAGCCUCCCCUCAUGAUGAUGCAGCGUCCCCUGGGCAGCAGUACAGCCUUCAGUAUAGACUCACUGAUAGGGAGCCCACCUCAGCCCAGCCCUGGGCACUUCGUCUACACAGGAUACCCGAUGUUCAUGCCAUACAGGCCUGUGGUCCUGCCACCACCUCCUCCUCCUCCACCGUCUCUGUCCCAGGGCAGCCUGCAGUCUACUCUCUCCUCCAGCCAUGCCCAUCACCAGAUCCCCAGCCUGCCCAGCGGAUUCUGCUCCAGCCUGGCACAGGGCAUGGCACUGACAUCCACCCUCAUGGCCACUCUGCCAGGCAGCUUCUCAGCCUCCUCUCAGCACCAAGAGGCGGCCAGGAAGUUUGGUGCCCAAAGUCUUCAAGGUGGGUUCGAGAAGAAUGAUGGGGGCCAGUCUGACGGAGAGGACACUGGCAAGUCCUAUGGCACCAAAGAGGGCACCUUAUUGCCUUUUGCUGCCUCUGAGGCUUCCUUAGGUGCUGCCCGGGGCCAGGGGAAGGAAGACCCCGGCAAGGAUGAGGAUGUGAAGGGGAAGGAGGACUCCUACCUGAUGGAUAGUGACCUGGACUACAGCUCCGAUGAUAACAUCUCCUGCCAGGCAACCCACAAGGAGGAGGACACCCCAGAGGAGGGACCCCAGAACCCCAACCCCUCCAGUAACAGCACCUCCACGGGCAAGAACCGGCGGCGAAGGACGGCCUUCACCAGCGAGCAGCUCCUGGAGCUGGAGAAGGAGUUCCACUGCAAGAAGUACCUGUCGCUCACCGAGCGCUCCCAAAUCGCACACGCCCUGAAGCUCAGCGAAGUCCAGGUGAAAAUCUGGUUCCAGAACCGCAGGGCCAAGUGGAAGAGGGUCAAGGCCGGCAAUGCCAACUCCAAAACCGGGGAGCCCUCCAGGAACCCCAAAAUCGUGGUGCCCAUCCCAGUCCAUGUCAGCAGGUUCGCCAUCAGGAGCCAACACCAGCAGCUGGAGCAGGCUAGACCCUGAGCUGGGGUCGCAGCGACAAACUGACCAUACUGGGCAACAGACUGCAACUUUGGGGGUUCCCAUUUCCCCAUGUAGACUGAAAUGAGGAGCAGUAACUAUUUAUUAGGGCAGGAGGGCUGUCUGGACCCUCUCACAGGGUCAGUCACCUUCAACAGAUUUGGGACAAAAACUUUUCAGGCCCCUGCAAACUUUUUUAUUUUUAUUUUGAGGGACCAGUGUGUCCCCCCCAAUCCCCCUCCCUUAUAAUUUUUGGGAUGAACUGAUGUCCUCCUUUAGCUCACUCGUGGGCUUCAGAUUAUGUUGUGAUUAAUUUAUUCAGUGUCGCAUAUUUCUCUUAAAUUAUACAUUUCGACAAAAAGAAAAAAAAAGAAAAAAAGAAAAAAAAAAUCUCAGUCUUGUGAAAUCCAAAAAUUGUCACUAAUAAAUAAUCCCACUCGGCCAGUCUGGGAGAUGUGGGGUCAUUUGAGAAAAAAAAAGGGGGGGGGGGGGGCUGUGGUGGAUGGAGGGUCCCGGCCGGCUAAUCUCCCCCUCAUCCCCCCUGAGACUCAUUUUGUCAGACCUGAUCUGUGUGAUGGGAAGGGGGGUCCACGGGACCUAACAAGCGCAGGACAUGUGGGGUCUGUGGGACAAGAAAUAAAUGAAUGUACUUUUUA